AAGUUACGAGUAGCAGUUACUUUCUUUGACUCUCUCUCUCUCUCAUCCUCUAUCUUCUCUUUCUCUCUCUAAAUCACUAUGGGGGAGACAAAACCCUAUAAAGCUUUUGCCGUUUCAAAAGGGGUUUCAAAAUAUCAAGCUUUGAAUUCAGCAAAAACAAGCUCGUGGGUUUGAAACUAGCUAUCUGAUAAAUCAAACCCACUAUUCCAUUCUCAUUCAAGGACCAUUUGAGUAAACUGGUAAAAAGGACUGUUGUAUAAUUUCCAGUCAUCGCUUGAAACGUGUCUGAAGAUUUUCGGGUCUUUUGGAUAUAUAUAAAGGCUAGGUUUAUAAUUAAAGCUGUCAGAGUUGGAGAAUCUUGUAACUUGAUAUUGGGUUUUUUUUCCCAAGUGAUAAUUUGUUUUGAGGAAGAUAAAAGAAGAACUUUUUGAAAGCUCUGAUCAGGUGACACUUCUAAAAUAUUGAAAUCUGUUAUGGGUUUAUCGUUAUCCUUACUUCCAUCAGCUUUGGAGGAAAUUGUGAACCAUUGGUUUUUCAGUUUGGCCCACAACAUCAAUUUUGCUUACAAAGGACAAGAGGUGGCCUUGAGAACUGAUAGUUUUAAGGAAACAGAUUCAGAAACCAUUCUCAAGUCUAAUGGUUUUAAUAAGAGAAGUACAAAGAGUUCUAUAAACUUGAAGAACUGCAAACCCGUGAAAAUAAUACUCGAAACAACUCUUUCGUUCAAGAAUUUAGUUCAAGACAUAAGGAAUUCAGGUUUGACUGCUUCGAACAAUAAAGUUGAUGGGUUUAUUGAUAAAUCAGUACCCUCAAUUUCACUUCCUGAACCGGCAAUAUUGUUUUCACCAAGACCCGUAUGUGAGCUUGAUGCCGCUGCAGUUAAGCUUCAGAAAGUCUAUAAGAGUUACCGUACUCGAAGAAACCUUGCAGAUUGUGCGGUCGUGGUUGAAGAGCUAUGGUGGAAAGCAUUAGACUUUGCAGCUCUCAAACAGAGCUCUGUGUCGUUCUUCAAUGUCGGGAAACCUGAAACUGCUGUUUCGCGGUGGGCCAGGGCGAGGACAAGAGCUGCCAAGGUGGGUAAGGGAUUGUCCAAGGAUGAGAAGGCUCAAAAACUAGCCCUUCAACAUUGGCUUGAAGCUAUUGAUCCACGACAUCGAUAUGGACACAACUUACAUUUGUAUUAUGAUGUUUGGUUUCAAAGCGAGAGUGCUCAGCCUUUCUUCUAUUGGUUGGAUGUAGGCGAUGGCAAGGAAGUAAACCUCGACACCUGCCCAAGGAUCAAUCUACAACGCCAAUGUAUCAAAUACCUAGGACCGAAGGAAAGGGAAGCGUAUGAAGUAGUAGUUGAAAAUGGGAAGCUUGUGUAUGGACAAAGUGGUUCGCUCGUAGAAACCACAGAGGGUUCGAAGUGGAUUUUUGUCCUAAGCACAUCAAGGAAUUUGUAUGUGGGGCAGAAGAAGAAAGGUGUGUUUCAGCAUUCGAGUUUUCUUUCCGGUGCAGCCACCACAGCGGCUGGAAGAUUAGUUGCUCAUGACGGGGUUCUUGAGGCUAUAUGGCCAUACAGCGGUCACUAUCACCCAACAGAAGAGAACUUCCGGGAAUUCAUUAGCUUCCUCGAGGAACACCAUGUAGAUCUCACCAAUGUUAAGAGGUGUGCAAUUGAUGAUGACUAUCCUUCAGUGAAGGUUAUUUAUGAGGAGUCAAAGCCAGAGCCACCUGUAACAAGUCUGGCUACAAAUACACAAUCUGAAGAUACAAACACAUCUAAUGUGGAGUGUGAUGCAGUGGAAACCACAAUUACAAGUGAUCAUCAAGAAGAUAUGGGCACUGAUGAUGCCAGUGCGGAAGCACCGGUCUUUAACUUGGCUAAGCGCUUGUCGUGCAAGUGGACGACGGGAACUGGCCCUCGUAUCGGUUGUGUUCGGGACUACCCAACAGAGCUACAAUCCCGAGCACUUGAACAAGUUAACCUGUCGCCCCGAGUCGCCGCUGGACUCUUUGGAAACUAUGGUCCGAUCCCUUCUCCACGGCCGAGCCCAAAGGUCCGGCUUUCUCCCAGAUUAGCAUACAUGGGGCUCCCAAGUCCUAGAACCACUAUUGCGGUGGCUAAUUGAGGCAACUGCAGGGUUUCAAACAUCGACCAUUAUCCCGUCACAUAUCGGGGUUUUAGAUUUCUGAUACCAUUAUUUAUCGAUAUAUUGGCCAAUACUAUCUAAUAUUGACCAUUAUAUGACCGAAUAGCCGAUACCGAUACAUAACCCGAGGCGGUAAGGACACCAGCAGCACUUCAGGAGGUAGGGACCCUACUGCAACUUUUUGUAGCAUAUACUAGAGGAUGAAGGGAUUUAACUUAAUUUCUUCAUUAUUUUGUUCAUUUUAAUUUUAUUUUGUAAAUGGCUUACCGAUUCUUUUUCGCACCCUGCUUUGGCACCUUUUUUGUUGGAGGUUGGGUUCAUUCCAUUGAUUGAUUCAUUCUUUGUAAACAACGUUCAAGUUAUUAAUUUUCAAUAAAAAAUAAAUUUUUUUCUGUUGAAA